AAAGCAAGCUAUAUAUACCAAGCUACGACUUAUGCGACCUACUAGGUUGGGCAAGAACACCAUCAUCUUGCAAUUCAUCGUCAGCAAACUCACAGCAUAGCAAUCUCUAAUCAUCUUUGGCAAGCUUUGAUUGCGUCAAAUGCCGUCCUUUUUCGAUUCGGACGACGAGGAUGCCUCUAUCCCGACUCGCCCUUCAGGCCGCAGGGACCGGGACUCUCUUCCCAAUCACGCAUCUUCGUCCCGAACAUCCAGUCCCCCUUCGAGCAGCUCCUUUCUCGAUCGUCUGCGGAGUACGGCUACACCCAACCGGACGAACAGGAGCAGUUCGACGGCUUUCACGACUCUGGACGGAUCUUCAACAGGGAUCAAGCGGUACGAUCUAGAAGAUGUCGAUGAGGAAGGGCCGAGUAAUGUGAAUAUCAACGGUCUCGAUCUAGGUGGACGGGAUGGAGAGCUGGGAGAAGGGCUGGAGGAUUUCGAAGCCUACCAAUUUGAAGAUGACAACGACGUCAAACAGCUCAUUAGGGCUUGGAUGCGGGAGCGGGGGACGAGGGAUAUCAUGCUUUGGGAGGGCGAGCUGUUGGAUACGGUCUUGCACAAGGUCGAACAGCAGGGCUCCAUGUUGGAACUAUUACGAUCAGAUCCCAAAACGUCGGAAGAAGAACACUUCAAGCUCCAGCUCGUCUCGACCGAAGUAGAACGAGUGAAAUACCUCAUCCGGAGUUACCUUCGAUGUCGGAUAGACAAGGUCGAACGUUAUUCGCAUCAUAUUACCCUCGAGCCGGAGGUGCAAUCGCGACUCUCUGAGCUCGAGUUGCACCAUGCACGACAGUAUACAAACUUGCUGCAUCAGCACUUCUCCUCUUCCGUCCUGAAUUCGUUGCCAGAAUGGCUGAGAAGGAUGGACGAUGUCGGAAAUGACGGGACGAGUAUGGUGCGACAGCCGAACAAGGAGAUCCCGGUCCUGAUCCACGUGCUCAAAGAUUGUGGUGAAGUCGUGCUAUCAGACGGUGAAAGGGCAUCGUUGGAGCCGGAGUCUAUGCAUUUGAUCAAGUACGAGUUGGUCGAGCGUUAUGUUCGUCUUGGGUGGGUGGAAGUGCUGUAAUCGAGUGCGGCAGGGACCGACGAGAGAGCGAUCGCAGUCGUCAAAGCAUCUGUAUUAAACAUCAUCACUGCAU